UGUGCAAUAUUCAUGCGUCUAUAAAUGAAGUUUCUUCUUCUCCUCCUUAUGUACACCCAACCACAACUUUCUCUAAUGGCUUCAAUCGGUUUAUCUGAAGUAUUAUUUUGCUUCUGCUUUCUCAUUUUAUAUUACUUCCUCAUCAAGAAACCCUUAGGUUUCAAAAAAGCUUUUCAUAGCAACCCUAGAAACUGGCCCGUUCUCGGUAUGCUUCCUGGUGCGCUUGUGAUUCUCCAUCGACUAUAUGACUGUAGCGUUGAGGUUCUCGAGAACGCCAACUUGACGUUUCAGUUCAUAGGUCCAUGGUUGUCUGGAAUGGACAUAUUGAUCACGGUUGAUCCAGAAAAUAUCAAUUACAUACUGAGCUCAAACUUCUCAAAUUACAUCAAAGGUCCUGAGUACCAAGAAGUUUUUGAAGCUUAUGGAGAUGGGAUCGUCAACUCGUUAAAUCCUAACAACUCGGACCUGGAGCUAUGGAGGAAUUUGAGGAAGGCUUCUCAGGUCAUAUUCGGCGAUCAAGGGUUCCAAAACUUCACAACAAGUACCACCAGGAGUAAACUCAAAGACGGUCUUGUGCCUCUUUUCAAUCAUUUUGCAAAGGAAGAAAUGGUUGUGGACUUGCAAGAUGUGUUCCAGAGGUUCAUGUUCGAUACAACGUUUAUUUCUUUAACCGGGUUCGAUAUGAAAAGUCUCUCCCUCGAAAUGCCGGAGGUUGGGUUUGCUAAUGCUCUUGAUGAUGUUGGAGAUGCGAUAAUGUAUAGGCAUAUUACGCCGAGAUUCUUAUGGAAGCUACAAAAAUGGAUUGGAGUCGGAAGAGAGAAGAAGAUGACGGAAGUUAAUGCCACUUUUGAUCGUGUUUGUGCAACAUACGUAUCAGCGAAGAGAGAUGAGAUAAAAAAAAAAGGAAAAAGUGGUGAAGAUCUUUUGACAUUAUUCAUGAAGCUUGAUACAACCAAGUUCGAGCUCCUGAACCCGAGUGAUGAUAAGUUCCUCAAAGAUUUCACGGUGGGUUUCAUGGCGGCAGGGAGAGAUUCCACUGCUUCUGGACUCACUUGGUUCUUUUGGAAUAUGUCUGAAAACCCUAAAGUCUUAACAAGGAUUCUUCAAGAGAUAAAAACAAAUCUACCAACAACAACCGGAAGUAACCAAGACACAUCGUACUUGAACAAGCUGGUUUAUUUACAUUGUGCAUUGAGUGAAUCAUUGAGGCUCUUCCCACCAAUUCCGUUCGAACGCAAGUCUCCAAUCAAACCGGAUGUGCUUCCAAGUGGGCAUAAAGUCAAAUCAGCUACCAAUAUUAUGUUCUUUAUCUAUGCGAUGGGGAGAAUGAAAACCGUAUGGGGAGAAGACGCGAUGGAGUUCAAGCCAGAGAGGUGGAUUUCAGAUACAGGAGGGUUCAAACAUCAGCCUUCGUACAAGUUCCUAUCGUUCAAUGCCGGUCCAAGAACAUGUUUGGGUAAGAAUUUAGCUAUAAAUCUGAUGAAGGCAGUGAUCGUGGAAAUAUUACAGAACUAUGAGAUUAAGGUCAUCAAUGGAAAAAAGAUUGAGCCAAAACCUGGUCUUGUUCUUUACAUGAAGCAUGGGCUUAAAGUCACAAUUACUAAGAAAUGUUCGAGUCUGGAGUGA